CCUGUGGUUUGAAUCUGAAAUGAAACGUCUCAUAAGUGUAUUUACUAGGCUGCUAUAACUUUUGUUUGACAUUUAAGAGUAUAUUUAACAAUGGAGGGUUCUGUGUCAAAUGUGGAGGUCUGUAAUUUUGCGUACACGGGGCAGUUUGAGAAAUUAAAACAGUGCAUUCUGUCAGAUAAAACGCUUGCUUGCAAAACGGACCAGGACUGUAGAACCGCCCUGCACUGGGCUUGUUCUGCCGGCCACACGGACAUUGUGGAGUUCCUGCUUGACCUGGGAGUUGAAGUGAAUCUUCAGGAUGAUGCUUCGUGGACCCCUCUUCACAUUGCAGCGUCUGCAGGCAGGGAAGACAUAGUGAGAUCUUUAAUAUCCAAAGGGGCUCAGCUGAAUUCAGUCAAUCAAAAUGGAUGCACCCCUCUGCACUAUGCAGCCUCAAAGGACAGAUAUGAGAUUGCCCUGAUGUUGUUGGAAAACGGAGCAGACCCCAAUGCCACCGACAAGUUGGAGUCCACUCCCCUUCACAGGGCGUCUGCCAAGGGCAACUACCGCCUCAUCCAGCUGCUUCUCAAACAGAGUGCCUCAACCAACAUCCAGGACUCGCAGGGCAACACACCCCUCCACCUGGCGUGCGAUGAAGAGCGUGUGGAAGCAGCCAAGUUGCUGGUGGAACAUGGUGCCAGCAUCUACAUUGAGAACAAAGAGGAGAAGACCCCCCUCCAGUUAGCUAAGGGCGGUCUGGGAAACUUACUCCAGCGGAUUGUGGAGGGAUGAUACAUCUACUGUGUUCCUGCUCGAAUCCACACCCAUCAAUAAGUUACAUAAUGAUAAUUCUCACCCCAGUCAGUCCUCCCUGAGCGGCCCAGUGUGACAGAUUCAGAUGUGUAACAGUUUGAAGAUUAGACAGUGUCAGGAAGAAAAGUUGGACUUACUGCAUCCUGCUCCUCAGAUGGGGCAGUGAAACUGCUCAGACCAUAGAUGUCUGAUCAGAAACACUGUGCACUAAGCGUUUUCUAUGAAGUUUGAAUUGUUGCUAAAAUGACUAAAUAAAAAUCAGGGUUCAGCCUG